CUGGUUCUGUCAGAGGAUUAAGUUGCUCUUAAAAUGCCUGAGCCGGCCAAGUCCGCUCCCGCGCCCAAGAAGGGCUCCAAGAAGGCGGUGACCAAGACGCAGAAGAAAGGCGACAAGAAGCGCAAGAGGAGCCGCAAGGAGAGCUACUCCAUCUACGUGUACAAGGUGCUGAAGCAGGUGCACCCCGACACGGGCAUCUCGUCCAAGGCCAUGGGCAUCAUGAACUCCUUCGUCAACGACAUCUUCGAGCGCAUCGCCGGCGAGGCGUCGCGCCUGGCGCACUACAACAAGCGCUCCACCAUCACCUCGCGGGAGAUCCAGACGGCCGUGCGGCUGCUGCUGCCCGGCGAGCUGGCCAAGCACGCUGUCUCCGAGGGCACCAAGGCUGUCACCAAGUACACCAGCUCCAAGUAGGGCGCCUCGGAUCGUCAGUUUUAACCCAAAGGCUCUUUUAAGAGCCACCCACAGACUCCCCAAAAGAGCUUUAACACUUUAGCGUCUUGGUCUUCUUAGUUGUGAAAGCAUACUUAAACCAUGGAGUUGAAUAGACAUAUUUAAUUAGUUAUAAGAGCUUGCAAUAAUUGAAGAUCUCGGGAAAGUGCCUGAUUUUUUUUUUUGUUGUUGUUUUAAUUGAAGCUAAUUCUAAUGUGUUAAAUAU